UCGGUCGGCGUUCGGAUCUCGGAUAUCUUUCUCUUCCUCGUUGUCGGUCGGCCAAAGCAACAAGAUGGUCCAGCGUCUAACCUACCGACGACGCUUGUCGUACAACACAAACAGCAACAGAAGACGAGUAGUUCGUACUCCUGGAGGUAAGCUAGUUUACCAGUAUUUGAAAAAGCCCAAGAAGAUCCCCAGAUGUGGUCAAUGCAAAGAUAAACUCAGAGGUAUCCAGCCUGCAAGGCCUAUGGAGCGCUCUCGCAUGUGCAGAAGAAAGAAGACUGUAAAGCGAGUGUAUGGUGGAGUGUUGUGCCACAAGUGUGUCAAAGAAAGAAUUGUUAGAGCUUUUCUUAUUGAAGAACAGAAGAUUGUUAGGAAGCUUAUGAAAGCACAAGAAGCUCCUGCUAAAACGAAAAAAGCAGACAAGUAAUUUGUAAUAAUCUUUUACUUUUAAAUCUUAAAUAAAAAAAUUAUAAAAUCUAUAUUUUCAUAUUGGUUUUUACAUUUCUUUUAUAUUAACUAUGUAUGGGUGUACUCUUCUAAAGUGAGUAAAAAAUUUUAUUACGAAAUUCA